AUGGCAACAUCUGUCAAGGUGAAUCAUCGUCUGUUGGCUAGUUUUCGUGAUGAACCCAAGCGAAUACUCAAACCGAUUCAUGGUUACGAAGAAGAAAUGCUGUUACCUUUAAAAGAAGCAUGCAGACCAUUAGAAAAAAUACUUGGCAAAGAAUUAAGACAAAAUAUAAUUAUUUCUUCUAUUAAUUCGAUAGGAUGCAACAAAGAACUUACUCGAUGUGAAUCAUCAUCGAUUUAUUUAUACACAAUGGAAUGGAGUAUACCUGAAAAUAGUCUUUAUGCUGUACUUAAUCGAACACUUCGUUUAUCUGACAGGAAGAAACUUCGACCAUGGUUUAGAUAUCUUAAGUUAUUUCUCACGGCUUUCUACAAAUUACCUCCAAGUGAAUAUAAAACGGUAUGGCGUGGUGUUCGAGAAGAUCUGACUGCCCUCUAUUCAAGAGGAAAAGAAAAGACUUGGUGGUCAUUCAAUUCUUGUACAUCUUCAAUCAAUGUUCUACAAUCUCCGUUCUAUUUGGGAAAUUCGAAAACACAAACAAUAUUUUCAAUAGAAACCUACAGUGGAAAAUUCAUUAAUGCACACUCAAGUUUUGAAGAAGAAGACGAAAUUCUUCUUCUUCCUGGUACAUGCUUCAAAGUAAUUGAUGUAUCAUAUUCAGCACAAGGUCUACAUACUAUUCAUCUUUGUGAAAUUCCAUCGUUUUGUCCCGUCAUUGUCGAACCAUUUCCUCUUAGGCAACUAAAUCAAGCAUUAUCGCGAUUAAAAACAUCAUCACCACCAUCAACAUCGCACAGUUCAGAAAACAAUCAGGAAUAUAUGCCACAAUUAAAUACAUCCAUCUCAAUAACUCCAAAGAAAGGUAGAUUAUCAAAUCUUUGCACAAAAUAA